GAUCCGUAUUGUUUAGGGUUUGUGCCCGGGUGGCCGGGUCCGGUAGGACCCAUAUGGUGACCCGAUGUGCGAGCCCCAUUUAUCUGUUCCUUGUAUUCUUGAUUGCGAAGUAAAGCGAAGAGAAGGUCAAGCGCGGAGAAGGGAAGAGAUCGAGAUGGAUCCGAAGCUAACCGAGGUCUCGCAAGUGUUCGAGCGAUUCAAAGCCGCUUUGACGAGGAAAGAUGUCGAUACCUGUGAUAGACUUCUUUCCCAAUUGAAGGUUUCACUAACAGAGUUUAAGAGCCUCCCGCCCUUGUUUCAAGAUUCACCAAAUGCAAUUCAUGAAUUGACGAUAGCAAGGGAUAUAUACGAGCAUGCCGUUAUUCUAAGCGUAAAGGUUGAGGACCAGGAUGCAUUCGAGAGGGAUUUCUUUCAGUUGAAACCGUAUUAUACAGAUGCAUGUGGCCGUCUUCCACCAUCCCCUCAAGAGUACCCAAUCUUAGGUCUCAACCUGCUGAGGCUCCUAGUACAGAAUAGAAUAGCUGAAUUCCAUACUGAGUUGGAGUUGCUGUCAGCCACUGCAUUGGAGCACUCUUGCAUCAAAUAUGCUGUUGAAUUAGAGCAAUCCUUCAUGGAAGGAGCUUACAACCGUGUUCUGACUGCGAGACAGACAGUGCCCCAUGAGACUUAUGCUUAUUUUAUGGAACUUCUGGCAAAGACAGUAAGAGAUGAAAUAGCUGGAUGCAGUGAAAAGGCAUAUGACUAUCUUUCAGUGAAUGAUGCGCAGCAGAUGCUGCUGUUCUCUUCUGGCCAGGAACUAAUGGAAUAUAUUAAAGAGGAGCAUCCUGAAUGGGAGAUAAAGGAUGGGUGCGUGUUUUUUCAGAGGGCAAAAGAAUCUACCCCAUGCAAGGAGAUACCAUCUCUUCAACUCAUCAACCAGACUCUCAGUUAUGCGAGGGAGUUGGAGCGCAUUGUGUGAAACGAGCGCAGAUUCCAUUCCGGUGGCGGUUUUUGUGAUCUUAAUAGCUCUCCUUUAACUAUUGCUGCCAAUUGUUCGGUUAAAAAGUACUCUAUUUCCCAUGUGGUUCAAACUUAAGGUGAGGAAAAUGCUUCUAGGGUCACUCCUGGUUCCCCCAUUCACCAUUCCUUUUCUUUCUUCCUCUCUGAUAAAUUUUCUCCAAAUUGGUGUUGAUUACCUUUGCAAUUAAAUCAUGUGAACUUUUACU